AUGUCCGCCGCCGAGGAAGACGCCGCCGUGCGCGAGCCCUUGGACCUGAUCCGCCUCGCCCUCGACGAGAAGGUUUACGUCAAGCUGCGCGGCGACAGAGAGGCCAGAGGGCGCUUACACGCGUACGAUCAACACUUGAACAUGAUCCUCGGUGACGUGGAGGAAGUGAUCACGAGCACGGAGACGGACGAAGAGACGUUCGAGGAGUUUACGAAGACGACGAAGAGAAGUGUGCCCUUCUUGUUCAUCAGAGGCGACGCGGUGACGCUGGUGUCGCCGCCGCUGCGGAGUUAG